ACCUGCCAUCCCAAACCCCAAACCCCGCAUUUCUCUUUCUCCGGCGGCAAGCACUCGACCUCGUCGGCGGCGAUGACCCGCAUCACCGCGCCGCCGCCGCCGUCCUCGCCGCCCUCAUCCCCGCCUCCCCUCCGCCACUCCCCCGCUGCCCUGGGCACCCCGCGCUCCCGCCGCCGCCACUCGCCUUCCCCGUCCCUCGCGCUCACCCCGUCCUCCUCCGCCUCCGCCUCCGCCUCCGCCUCCACCUCGUCGAGGCCCAAGGUGCGGCCGUCGCCGAGGAGGGCCUACGCCGCGGCUCAGUGGGUGGCGCUCCCCUCUCACCCCGCAUUCUCCCGCGGGGACGGCGGAGGGCUCGGCGGCGGCGGUGGCGGCGCCGCGUGGGAUGCGUCGGCGUCGCGGCUGUACGUGUGGGACCCUUCGGCGCGAGGCGUACACCGGAUAUGCGUGCGGGUUCGCGAUGCGGAGGCGGGGAAGGACGGGGAUGAUGUCGCCGUGGAAGCCGCCGUGCCUUCCGAGAUGUUGAUGCCGGAGACUGAUCUUGGUUACAAGGUCACUCAUUUAUCACUUAAUACCGACGGUUCAUCGCUACUACUUGCUGGAUCACAUAACAUAAGUAUUCUGUAUGUGCAUGAGAGGGUUUCUGAAGAUGGUGAUAAGGUCAUAUGCAGGACUGUGCCAGUUGCUUCUCAGAUCUUACCUAGCAACAAUGAUGGCAUCAAAGUACUGCAAACAUCGUGGCACCCUUUUAGCAGUAGUCAUUUUGGAGUCUUGACAUCAGAUGCUGUUUUCAGGUUAUUUGAUCUGUCAUUUGAUUUAGAGCAACCAGAGCAGGAGUUCUAUUUGCAACCAAUUCUACCUGGCAAAUGCCAGAAUGCUUCAUCAAUUUGUCCAGUGGCAUUCUCAUAUGGGAGUGAUCAUCUGUGGGAUAGAUUUUCGGUUUUCAUCUUAUUCAGCGAUGGUUCAAUUUUUGUGCUCUGCCCCAUUGUUCCAUUUGGAAGCGAUUACAAUAAGAAGCAUAUUCAAGAAAUAUAUGAAGAUGUUAAUUCAUUUGGAUUGAAAUCCUCAAACCAAAAUGUUGUCACCAACUCACGUUUGGCAAUUGCUUGGUUGGAAGCAACGUUUCCUGACUUGUCACGUCAGCCAGCUGAUAAUAGUGCAUUGAUGUCUAGAGCUCAUCCAUACGCAUCAUUAGAUGAUUCUCUAACUUUACAGGGACCUCUUUGUAGAGUUUGCGAAGAAAACAAUGAACCUGAAAGCAAGAGCAACUCUUGUGAAGGCAAAGCUGUGGGUUUUGUGUAUAGUUCUGUUGGCAAAGAUUCCAUUCUUGUAACUGCCUGGGGUAGUGGGCAACUCCAGAUUGAUGCUCUUGCUGAUGAAAUUCAACCACAGUGGAGCAUAGGAAUUCCUACCCGCCUUAAUGUUGAUUCACAUGGGCAGAUAAAGAGUGUUGCUAUGAUAUGUGACUCUAAUUCAGAAGAUUCUUGGGCCAUGCGAUCGUAUCGCCCGUCCAGUACGGGAUCAAAUGUGAAGAGUAAUACUGAUGCUGUCUGGAUGGGGCAUUCUCCUCCUUUGCUAAGACUCGCAAUUGUAGAUUUAGCACUAGCAAAAACUUCCAAUGAUAGCUCUUUAUCAUUGUUUCUAGAUCCCCUUGUUCCAGAGAGAUUUUAUUGUGCCCAUGGUGGGGGACUUGACAUGGUCACACUGCACUUCCUGCCAUUUUCAUACCCUGAAAUGGCAUCCACUCCACCCUCUGUGCAUCCUAUCCUCACUACAGGAAACAAUGAGGCAAAUUCUCCCUUCCUUUCUGGUUUUGUUACCAUAGCAGAUGCAUAUGGCCAUGUGCAGUUAGUCAGCAUUACAUGCCCAGGUGAGUGCUUUGUGGUGGAGAUGAAGGGUUGGAAGGAACCAACGCCUCUUCAGCUUGACAUAGACAGCAAGAGCAUUAAGGACGUGGAAUCUUUUACAACUGGAAUGAUCAGUAAAGAGCUCAUCGCAGGUCCAGAUCCACCCAUAGUUCCAUCUUCAUCAAGCUUGAGGUCAUUGACCCCUGACUCUAUUGAAGGAAAAUCCACUCUUCAUCACUAUAUUAAAGUUUUCCAUGAGUACUACGUGGAGUAUGGGCAUAAGGUUUUCAUUGAGCUCAAGGAACAUGGGGAUUACCUGAAGACAGAAAUUGAGGACAAGCAGAAACGCUUGCAAGCAGUGAAGCAAUCACUUCUAUCCAUAGAAGCCAAAGACCAAGAUAUAAACAACCGGAUAAAUCGGGCCUUUAAGGUAUACGAUUUGUUAGAAAAACGCAUCGAGGGCUUCAAGAUACUUCCUGCGGCAAACAAGAAACCAUUGUCACAAGCAGAGCAGGAGUUCAAAGCACAGCUAGAUAGGUUUGCAGAUGUGGAGCUGGAUGCGUUGUGCUCUUCAAUCACUGCUCUGAGUGCGAGGAUGAAACGAUUUGCUCACCCGGCCAUUGGCAGUGCGGCUGGUACAGGAAUGUCAACAUGGCAGACACCAAAGGUCGGAAGAAGCCAUGUUUCGGACUCCCAGAUGUCGUUACUAAAAUCUUCGCUUGAGAAGCUCUCUCUCCUUAAUGAGGAGAACAAUGUAAAGCUGACCCUCAGGGAGCCGGAACUCAAGAACCAGGAGCAAUAGGUCUUUCAGAACAACUGUGUAUUACAAGUCCUCACAGAUUCUGAUUUCUCGAGCUUGUUAUCGCCCUUUUGAAUCAAAUCGCUACCAGUCCACUGUCUACUGUGGGUGUGUGUGCAGAGUGCAACUUCAGGUGUUACUCUGCAAGGGGACGGCAUCAUGAACAAGCCUGUUAACACUCGAAGCGCGUAUCAGCGUGAAGGAAAUCAUGUAACGCUACUUGCAAUGACCACCAGCAUGUGUAUCCAAUAGCGGUUUUGAUAACUUGCCCACUGUAGUAGUUUCUCAUCCUGGGGAUUAUGGGCGUAUUUAAGUCUUGAUUUCUUCGUGCUUCACUGAAUUUGCACGGUCAGAGGUCCAAACCGAACUUCAAAGCUGACGAGGUUGAGAAUGUUGCUCGGUCUUGAUUAUCAACAUGGCUGCAUGAUGUUACCAGCUUGUCUGCUUUGACGAUGUAAACCAGUUGGGAGAGUUCUGUGCGCUAAUUUGCUUGCGUCUCGUGGUAUGGUUUUUCAGUUGGCUA